AUGGGCUCUAUCACUCUCUGUCCCGCUCUUGUCCGCCAAGUCGAACCCGACCCUUCAGGAGUCAAAGCUUCAAGCGAGGUCCACAGAAUCCCUUCCGUUUUGACGCUUAAUCAAAUAUGCAGCGCCUGGCAGAAGAUAUUUUGUGGACUCCAUCACCCUCAGUGUUCGCUCCUGCCUGCCAAGUCGAACGCGUUCCUUCCAACCUGCGAGUACUUCAAAACCUCACCUGGAGCAGACCGUGAAGUGGGUGGCGCACGGUAUAUUUUGGCGACCCAUUUUCACGAGACACAUACUAAGGUCCACAAGUAUCGUAGACGUAAUUUGAAACGAGCAUCCGCAAUAUUCGGUCCUGUAGCCGCAGUCAUCAAGUUCACCACGGAGAAGGGUAAGCGCAUCCUUUUAAGGAUGUAUCUAAGUCCUGACAAAGUAGCGUUGAGGCCAUUGAACAGGGACAUAGACAAAUUCGAGUCGCGCAUAGUAUCGAAGCUGGUACCGCAUGGAUCAAUUGUCACAACAUUCACGAGGUGA